GCACACGCACAGAAACGUUUGACCCUCUUUAUUUAACUUGAACAUCGCCUGGCAGUUAAAACGCAGCCCCACCGGAGCACUCAUCUCCCAUUCUUCCAUCUUCCUUUCGUUUUUUUGUCGGUCGCGUAUUUUUUUAUUUUUUUUUUUUCCUCCCCUUCUCCUUUCUUUCCGCCUUGUUCUGCUGGGGACUUGUGAAUGGCAGCCAAUGGGAGGGUUGAGUCCCCUCAGCCUCUCAGCCUCCCUGACAUCCACAGCGAGAAGUGAUGCAGCGCGACUGAGACGCGCAGUUGAGGUGGAACAACGGGCAACAAAAGCUGCAGUGAACGGAUACACUUGGCUCCGACUUGCGCCUUCACAAGCUUGGGAAAAUUUCCUCUUGAUAUAAACUUCAUUAUCAGGUGCUGUUUGCCUCCCUGUUUGAGUCUGAGGAGCCAUUCCUGCUUUGCUAGAUUACAGCAUGAGGACUGAUCCAAUACUCUGACCAAAAACCACUGGACACAGACCACUGAGGGAGGAGAAGACACAAGGUUGUGGUGGUGUGGUCAUGGAUAGAAGGAAAGUUUGCAUAUUGAUGAUGCUGUGGGCCAUGGCCCACCUCAGCUCUCCAGGGUAUGGUCUCAGAGCCCUGCGAAGGACUACAGGGGGGCGGAGGGGGUCCACAGGGUUGACAGGACAGGACGCCAAUGGAGUUCCACUCAGGCGCUCCAAACGAGGUUGGAUGUGGAACCAGUUCUUUUUGCUGGAGGAGUACACCGGGACAGACAUGCAGUAUGUUGGAAAGCUUCACUCAGAUGCAGAUCGAGGAGAUGGAAGCGUGAAGUACGUCCUCACAGGGGAGGGAGCGGGGACCCUCUUCAAAAUAGACGAGAAGUCGGGGGACAUCCACGCCACCAAGAGGCUGGACAGGGAGGAGAAGGCCUAUUACAUCCUCCAUGCCAAAGCCGUCAACCGCUUCACUAAUGAGGCGCUGGAGGGUCAGUCCGAGUUCAUCAUCAAGAUCCACGACAUCAAUGACAACGAGCCGCGAUUCACCAAGGACCUGUACAUGGCCCAAGUCCCUGAAAUGUCUGACAUUGGCACAUCGGUAAUUCAGGUGACAGCCACAGAUGCAGACGACGCCACGUAUGGAAAUAGUGCCAAGGUGGUAUACAGCAUCCUGGAGGGCCAGCCGUACUUCUCUGUGGACCCAGAGACCGGUCUGAUCAAGACAGCCCUGCCUGGCAUGGACAGAGAAGUCAAACAAAACUACCAGGUCGUGAUCCAGGCUAAAGACAUGGCGGGACAGAUGGGCGGGCUCUCAGGAACCACGACGGUCAGCAUCGUGCUCUCUGAUGUCAACGACAACCCGCCACGCUUCACCAAGACCCUCUAUGAGUUCAGAGUGCCCGAGUCCAUUGAGCCCGGGUCUGCGGUGGGAGUGAUCCGGGCCAUGGACGCCGACAUAGGUGAGAAUGCGGAGAUGGACUACAGGAUCAUUGGGAGCGAUGGCCCCGGCAUGUUUGAUUUCACCGCCAAUAGGAGCACGCAGGAGGGCGUCAUCGUGCUGAGGAAGCCUCUUGACUUUGAGAGGAAGCGUCAGUACAGUCUCCGCGUUCAGGUGGAGAACGUCCACAUCAACCCUCGUUUCUUCUCCGUGGGCCCAUUCAGGGACGAGGCCAGCAUCAAGAUCAUCGUGGAGGACGUGGACGAGCCGCCGGUGUUUGAGCGCGCUAGCUACGUCAUGGAGGUCAAAGAAGACGCUGCCAGGAACACCAUCAUCGGCUCAGUCAGCGCGUCUGAUCCUGAUGACAAAAACAGCCUCAUCAGGUACGCUAUUGAUCGACGCACAGACAUGGACAGAGUGUUCAACAUCCAUGCAGGCAAUGGGUCAGUGUUCGUCCUCAGGGAGCUGGACAGAGAAGAAAACGCCUGGCACAACAUCUCUGUCACCGCCACAGAGUUCAACAACCCGAGACAGAUCAGCCGUGUGCCGGUUUACAUCAGAGUCCUGGACGUCAACGACAACGCUCCAACAUUUGCCACCAAUUACGAGACAUUCGUGUGCGAGAACGCAAAGGCUAAUCAGAGGAUACAAACAGUGAGUGCCACAGAUCCUGACGAGCCACUCGGAGGACACAGAUUCUUCUUCAGUCUCGCACAGGAGGCUGCCGGGAAGGCAAACUUCUCUGUCCGUGAUAACAAAGACAACACUGCCGGGAUCCUAACCCGGAGGAACAGCUACAACAGUCUCCAGAAGAGCAUCUACCACGUGCCUGUAGUCAUUUCGGAUGGAGAGUUCCCAAUGCAAAGCAGCACUAACACCCUGACCAUCAGAGUGUGCACCUGCGACCGCGAGGGCAACAUGAAGCUGUGCAAUGCCGAGGCGCUCACGGCGAGGGCGGGACUCAGCACGGGAGCCCUGGUGGCCAUUUUGCUUUGUGUCAUCAUUCUGCUCAUGAUUGUGGUGCUGUUUGCUGCCCUGAGGAGACAGAGGAAGAAGGAGCCUCUGAUCAUCUCCAAAGAGGAUGUCAGGGACAACGUAGUCAGCUACAACGAUGAAGGGGGCGGAGAGGAGGACACCCAGGCCUUUGAUAUUGGCACACUGCGUAACCCAGAGGCCAUCGAGGAAAGCAAGCAGCGGAGGGACAUUGUCCCCGAGACUUUCUACCCUCCACUUCGAAGGUCUGUGCUGCCUCCGACCCGGGACAAUAACGGGGAUGUGAGAGACUUCAUCAACCAGAGGCUCCAGGACAACGACAGUGACCCAACGGCGCCACCUUACGACUCCUUGGCCACCUAUGCCUACGAGGGAAACGGUUCUGUAGCGGAGUCCCUCAGCUCUCUGGAGUCAGUGACCACCGAGGGCGACCAGGAUUACAACUAUCUGAGCGAGUGGGGACCCCGGUUUAAGAAACUGGCAGACAUGUACGGGGGCGACGACAGUGACAGGGAUUCCUAAUGAGAGACUGGCACACAGAUGAGGAGAAAAAACGUGAAACGAGAUACGUUUAAAACUUUCGGGCAAUUCUGGUGCAUGUGUGGCACGAGAAAUGGCGAAAGGACCGAGAAACGAGCACCAUUUGUCUACGUGCUCUUUCACCGCCAUCGUUCAGCAUUCAGUUGUCCCUGCGGGGACCAGACGUAGGCUUUGUGUGUCCAGUCAGUGUUAGUUGCGUUUUUGCAAGGGUCCAGUGAAAAGAGGCUUUGUGUCAAAGACCUUUUUUGUGUGUAUAUGGGGUGUACAUGAGGCUCAAAUAUAUCUAUACUGAUAUUUUUUUUUUGUUUGUUUUUCCAAAGCUGCGUGUGAUGGACCAUUCAACAAGCAGUUUUGUAAACCAACAGAUAUGCCUAUGUAUUUUUCAGUGUUUCUGAGACAAAAACAUGCUGCAUAUUGUGAGUUCUGUCUUAGCUUGUGUACGUACGGUAAUAUGAUACAAUACGCUGUACAGUGGUUUUGAUUUUCUAGGGAUUUCUAGGGCCCAAAUGAUCCCUCCUUUCAGCAAUGGCUGCCUCACAUUAGCCACUUAUCCACAGUUGUGCUUGAGCCAAAAAAUGUUGGCUUUGAAAUUUCUGGCGGAAAGAUGAAAAAUCUCGGUACAGAUUGGAUUUGAGAGGUAUACAUCAUUAAAAUUGGUGUCAGUUGUGGCACGUUGCUCUCAACAAGUGGCUAAUGUUCUUUAAAGCUUGUGAAGAUGUAAUAGAGGAAAAUGGAUUUUACAGCCACAACAAUCACCUGCAAACACACCUGUCAUUUUUUCUGAUUUACAUUACACAACUUUGAACAUUUGCUGUGAGGUGAGCUGAAGAAUUACCAAAUAUUUCUUUAUUGAGCUGAAUGUCUUCAGAACCAUUUUCUCCAUGUACUCUUUAAUACAUAAAAUAGUGUUGUUUUCUGUGAGACAUUGAUAAAAACCACCAAUCUAAUGUGCACCAGACUCAGUUAGAGAACUUUACUGGACUUUUUUGGUCAUCUUGACCACAGAAAUGUGUACCAAAAUUAAAACUAUGGCAUCAAAUUAAACAUCUGCAACUAAAAUUCAUAAUUUAUGCAAUUUUAUUUUCUUCCCGUAAAUAGUUCAUUUUAUCCCUUCAGGUGAUAAAGAAAGACGGAAAAAGUAGCAUUAAACUAAGCCAGACAUUUCAAUUAGAAUUCAACAGAAAAUUUACAGUGCAUAGCUUUUAUACUUCAUGUGACAUAGCAUCAGAGUCUAUGAUAUGAAUCAAAAGAGUUGCCUUAAAUUAUAAAAAAACAAAAUUCUGUAAUGCAAAAUGGCCUGAAGACUAGAUUUUUCUUCUUUUUUGGCUCAGAUUGUUUUCUCAAUGAAAAAAAAAAAAAUCUGAAAUGAACAUCUAAAUGAACAACAUGACCUUUUACUUCAAAGAUAAAAUCAACACUGCUUUGAUCAAGAUGUCGCGUCCUGAGAGGGGCUCUGCACUGCUGAAUGUAUUAUAAUGUUACACUGUAGUUCAGUAAUGCAAACGUGCCAAAAAGCAAAGGACACCAGUACUUUCCUUUAAAAAUCCCCCAAUUUUUGUACUCUGUUCAUGCCAUUCAGGACAUACACUGUGGUGCAGAACAUGAAUCUAGUCCAAGUGUUCGGGCUUUACGCAACUGAUUUCCUAAGGGGCGAACAGCCUUUUCCAUAAAGGGGCUUAUCAAGGGGCACCUGACCUUUGAGUGGUGUGUAAUAAGGUUCUUAAACCCAGAGGUGUGUCCUCAGCUCGGAGAGAAUGUCAAAACAUUAUCCUGCAGUGAGAAUACACAACACUUCAUUUUUUAACGUGAUUUUGGAAAUACUGUCAAAUUACUUUUUCCUAAUUAUGAAUAAACAGUUUUGAAAUAAAGAGGCCUGCUUGAACUGGAAGGGCAGAAUGAUAUCAACAAAAAAAUAAAAGGCAGGCUAAAAUCAAGCUCUGGUUUCGCUUUAGCAAAAGGCCAAUCUGUGAAGAGGCUGACAUUUAUCAGACGUUCGAAACAGUAAUAACAAAACACAAUGGCAAAAUUGCCACAGUGGUACACUUUUUCUCUCUGUGCUCUGAAGCAUGCUUGACAUCAGUGCGGGUGCAGCACAUUAAAAAAUCCAAUUGAUAACAAAGUGGUUGGAAAAUUCUUUAUGCUUAGCUAUUGUACACACAUGCCACCCCCCUCUUGUUUUGUUUAUUAGCUUGUUGCUGGUGCUCCCAUUGUGUAAGUGGCCAUUUCAGACUACGGCAACGUUGCCAUGAUAAGCAUUUAAUGGGUUUAGAAACCCUUCACUCUAAGAAAACUGUUUUUCUGCCUCAAGGUGCAACGUGAGGUCUCAAAUGGAAAUCAACAUGACAGAGCCACACACCAAAAACAUUUUUUCCCUCAGUCUUCACUAUUUUUUGACCUUAUACAGUGUGUCAGCAUAUCGCCGUUAUGGAGGCGUACCUGUGUUUUCCUAUGGAGAGCGUAACUGCCUCCAAGCACUGGCGCCAUGCUAAACUAAGAUAAGAGGAAAAUUGUGCACAUCGUAACAUACCGCACCACCACAUCUCGGGGGUUUUGUAAGACGAGGCAACUAGAUGGUGACGCUGAUGUCCUCUUUCUCCAGAUACAAUAGAUGUGUGGUUGUUGAUGUGUAGACACUGUUGGCCUUGGGGCUUACCUCUGCUAUGGUAUAUUAUGUUGGUGACAAUGUGAUUGAGCAGUGGAGUUUUGUCCAUGUAGAAACAAUUUGAGAGGUUGUGGUAGUGUAAAGGGCCCUACAUCAUUGGCCAUUCACCAAUCUGCUUUGUAAAACGUGAUAUUUUGUACUGAAUAUUUAUAUGACACAAUUAAAUAUCUUUAAAAUCAGAGCCUGUUUUCUUUUUGAGGUGUUAUUCUAAAUAAAA